CUCGCGCGAGAACACCUUCCUUUGUGAGCUCUUUUUUCAAACCUCCCUUGUAAGAACACAAGCAACCACCCAACACCCCAAGGCCAUGGUCAAGCACUAUGUCCGCCUCCCCGAGGGCUUCACCUCGCUGACCGCCUACAUCGACGCUCUUCUCGCUUUUCUCGAAAAGCACCGGCGGCUAUGGGAGUUUCACGCCGUCGACUUCUACACCGAGAACUGCUGGGAGUCCGACGCCUUCCCCGUCGAAUGGCGAGUGUUGAAGGACGACUCCGUGAGUUAUGACGACCUGCUCGCGCUGGCGACGAAUGGAACCGUGAAGGAAGAUUGGCCCGAGUCGUUGAAGGAGUUUGUGCGGUUAGCGAAAAGCUUGCCGUUGCCUCGGAACCCGCAACCACACUUCUUCAGUCGCUUCGUAGAUCCUACUGACCUCGACAACAAAGUAACCUACGGCAUGACCCCAAAAAAACGCCACGAAGUCCAACUCCUCGCCAGCCUCAUCCACCACCUCGCCUCCACCCACUCCAUCAACUCCAUCAUGGACAUGGGCGCCGGGCAAGGCUACCUCGACGCCGUGCUCGCCUACACCUACCAGCACACGGUGAUCGGCGUCGACGACGACGAGGUGCAGACGUGUGGAGCCAAACGGCGGUCGGCGAUGAUCGAGAAAAUUUUCAAGGGGGCGAAGAACCGCGACGUCCGGGUAGGGAGGGUCGUGCAUGUGAAUCGGCGGGUGCAUGCGGGAGAAGGGUUUGGGGAUUUGUUGAGGGAGGUUGAUGCAAGGACGGGGACGGGCGCCGGUGGUGGAGAGAAAGAGCUCCACGCGCCAGACACCGACACCACACAACCCGCACCCCUCAACUGGCUCCUCUGCGGCCUGCACGCCUGCGGCGACCUCUCCCCCGCCCUGAUCCGACACUUCCUCACCAGCAACGCAAAAGUCCUCGUCUCCGUCGGCUGCUGCUACAACCACCUCUCCGAAAAACACCCCUCAAAUCCCUCAACGCCCAUCUCCCUGCCACCCUCCCCUCCCUCAUCAACACCCACAGGGAUAACAACCCACACCCUCGGCUUCCCCCUCUCAACACACCUCACCUCCCGCUCAACCACCCUCGGCUUCACGGCCCGCAUGCUGGCGUGCCAAGCCACCUGUCGAUGGAUGGACGACCCUGAGGCCUCGAUGGAGAGUUUCCGGCGACAUCAUUUCCGGGCUUUGUUGCAGAUCCUCAUUGUGGACAACAACCUCCUCCCACCCCACCACCCACCACCAUCAUCAACACACCAACAACAACACCCACACCACAUAACCCUCGGCAAACUCCCCCGCGCAGCCUACACGCCGUAUUUCACACCCUACGCCCUCGCCGCCCUUUCCAAACUCCACAUCCCGUACACGCCCGCGCAGAUCAUACCCCUGCUCGAAGCGUACGAGCGUCGCUACGCCGCGCGCGAGAAGGAGGUGGCCGCCGCGUGGACGUUGCGGGCGCUGCUUGCGGAAUGCGUGGAGAGUCUGAUUCUAGUCGAUCGCUUUGUGGCUGUUGUGGAGGCUGCUGGCGGGUCGCGGGAAGCGGGGAUUGAUGUCGAUGUUGUUGUUGUUGGAUGUGGGGUGACGUUGGAGGGGUUGUUGGGGGAUGAGGAGGGGGCGGGUGAGCGUGGACAUGGAGAGGGUGUGGUGCAGGCGAUCCUCGUCCCGUUAUUUGAGCAUGCGAGUUCGCCGCGGAAUAUGGUGCUUUUGGCUAGGAAGGUGUGA